AUGACAGCUGAAUAUGAUUUGCUCAUCAUCAAUGGAGUAGUAGUUUCGGAAACAGAUAUCCAAGAGUUGGACAUUGCCAUCAAGGAUGAGAAGAUUGCAAAGGUAGUCCCAAGAGGGGGUCUGGGAGAUGCCAAAGCAACAAAGACAAUAGAUGCUGAAGGUGGAUACGUGAUGCCAGGAGGUGUAGAUGCACAUGUCCAUCUUCAAGAACCCCCAUUAUUCGGCCAGGGAUCAACAGCAGACAACUACGAGACAGGCAGCCGAUCAGCCGUAUGCGGCGGUACAACAACCAUGAUAACAUUUGCACCUCAAAAAAAGACCGAAGACACCCUCCUCGACACUCUAUCUGCAACUCACUCACGCGCAAAAGACAACUGCUACAUCGACUACUCCUUCCACAUCAUCGUUGGCAAUCCCUCCCCAAAAGCCCUCUCAGAAUUCCCCAUUCUCCGCAACGAAGGCAUCUCUUCUCUGAAAAUCUACAUGACCUACGAAGCCCUCCAACUCCACGACGGCCAGAUCCUCGACAUCCUCCUCCACGCCCGCACCCACUCCAUCACCACCAUGAUCCACGCCGAAAACGGCCAAGUAAUCGACUGGAUGACCGCACAGCUCGAGAAACGCAAACUCUUCGCCCCAAAAUACCACGGCUCCUCCCACCCGCCCAUGGCAGAAACAGAAGCCACCUACCGCGCAAUCUCCCUCUCCGAAUUCAUGGACACGCCCAUCCUAAUCGUCCACGUCUCCACCCCCUCGGCCACGCUGCACAUCCAAACCGCACAAACCCGCGGUCUCCCCAUCUACGCAGAAACCUGUCCACAAUACCUCUUCCUCACCUCGUCCUCGCUCUCGGCCCCGGGUUUCGAAGGCGCAAAAUGCGUCUGCUCGCCUCCCCCCCGCGCCAGCACCUCGGACUGCGACGCCAUCUGGGACGGCCUCGCCAACGGCACCUUUACCAUCCUCUCAUCCGACCACUGUCCCUUCCGCUACAACGACGCCGUCUCGGGCAAGAAAAGUAGCAUCUCGCCCGAAUUUCCCGACGGCCACUUUAAAUACAUACCGAAUGGCUGCCCCGGCAUAGAAACGCGGCUCGCGCUUACGCUCGGCGCGAAUCGCCUUGCUCUCACGAAAUUCGUCGAGCUGACGGCGGCGAAUCCGGCAAAGCUUUAUGGAUUGUAUCCAACAAAGGGGGCGUUGAGGGAGGGCGUCUCGGAUGCGGAUGUGGUGGUGUGGUAUCCGGAGGGGGAAAUGGAGCCGUUUGAACUAAAGAAUGAGAUGCUGCAUCAUGAUGUGGAUUAUACGCCGUUUGAAGGGAUGAGGAUGACGCAGUGGCCGAGGUGGACGGUGUUGAGGGGGAGGGUGGUGUGGGAUAGGGAGGGUGGGGGAUUGGUGGGGGAGAAGGGGUAUGGGAGGUUUGUUAGGAGGGAGGCAAGUAGUCUUGCUAAACCGAGGAAUGAAGGGGAGUGGGUUUUGCCGUUGUAG